UCUUAAUUCUUAUAUUAUGUCAAAAGUUUUACAAAACGCGGUGCAUGAAUUAUGAUAAACAAGAGUAUAGAAUACUUGUAUGUCGUGAAUUAAAAAUUAGGUGAAAAUAUAAAAAAAGAUCACUUUAAAAAAUGUCUGAAGAGAACAUAAUAAAUUGUCAUUUCGUCCCAAAGAGCAGUUUGAAGAAGGUUUUAGAUUUGAUGGAAACUCCAUUCAGAGCUAGAGAUAAAAGAUGUAAAAGGAACCUUGUGGACUUACAAACUUGCAAAAGUUUAUAUGAAACGGACUUACGAAGAAAAAACUGGAGGAAUGCGUACCAAAUGGCUUUGAGGCGAGCAAUUUACUCACAUAAUUGGAACCAACUUUUGUAUCUAUUGAAGAAAUCCCCAAUAUGGGAACAUGCCACCGAAAAAGCUGAUGAAUAUCCUAUUUAUAUAAGGGCUCUUACAAUUCUCCUCAUGAAUCAUCCGAGUGCAAAAUCCCAGUCGCUACUAAAUGACUACUUGCACAUGGUUUUAUCCUGUCGCUCGGAACAAGAUAAGAAAGCAAUUUAUAAGUCCUUACUCACACUUACUGAGAAAAUCUAUGGAAGAAAUAAUGAUUGAAGUUAUCGAGCUUUUUAAGUCAUUGUGAGAUUAAGUUGUACCGUGAGAGGAGAGUCCAUACAUAGCUUGUUUUUUUAAUAAGCUAUGGAUCAUUAUAAGUUAAUAAUAUAUUUAAUAAAUGUAAUUUUACAACUGUUUUUAUUAUGAUAAGAAAUUAAUAAAAGGUU